AUGGACGAUGGCACACAAAUUCGGGCUUCACAAAUACAUUUUGACAAUGAUGAUCCCUUAAUAGAUUUAACAGCUGAAAAAAUACCCUUUGUCAAAUACGCUGAUGAUGUUAACGAUCCGGAAAUAGAUACAAUACAUGCGGAAACAAAGAAAAUUAAUAUAGUCGAAAGUCCUGUUUCAAGAUGGUCCAGCAAAAAUUCUAGUCCCAAAUGCAGUUUUGUUAAUUCUUUACCAUUUAAACUAGUUUGCAAUAACACAUCGGGAUUCGAAGCUCAGUUCACUAAAUACUUAGAAGCUAACAAUUCUAAAACGUACGCAACUUUGAACCCUGUGACUAGUCGGAAUAAGUCUCCAAAAAGCUUGAUAAAAGAUAAUUUUAAGAACUACGAUGACAAUUACCAGAGGAAUGAUAAUCUGGCUUAUACUAGAGAGGAGAUUUUGAACAUGUUCAAGGAUUCGCCAAUGACGUCUUUGCCUUAUGACCAAGGUUACAGCGAGAGAAGACAUGUUAGGAAGACUGAUCCUUCAAGACUAGUGCAUAAGAGUUGGACCAAACCUAUUUCCUAUAUCGAUAUCGAUGGGGUACUUAUAGGAGAGACAGAAAGUCAAAUAUGUUUCAUUUGUGGAAAACAUGUCGAUAACAGUGUCGAUAAACUGUACCUCUUUGAUAACGAAGACCAGAGGGUACAUAGAUGUUCUCCUCAAAAGAAAAUGUCGACGCAAUUGAAGAUUAUAUGUGAAUGCUGUCUCAACGAAAAUUUUAAACCUUGCCGGAUGAAAAGUGCCAACCAAUUGAAUCCCGACGAAUUUCUGGUCAUACGUAAUAAUCAGCAGUAUAUUUUUCAGAAGGUUAAAAUUUCAUUUUACCCAUUUAGGAAACAUAAAGAUAUGAUGAGUAAACAGGAUUCUAAGUUAGAUAAAGAAGAAUUUGUGAAAGUCGAAAUUGGUUCUGACGGGGAGAUUAUAACGAAACCUAUAGACAAUGAUCCGAGAUCUGAUGAUGUCAUAGUUGUCAAAGAUGAGAAGAAGGACGGUAGUUCCAGUGAUGUAGAGAUUGUGGAACCGGAACCGGAGAUAGAUAAUAUCAUAGACAAUCUGGAGGAGGCUGAUGAGGAAGUGAAGGAGUUUUUAGGGAAGUACCAGUGUGAUAAUAGUGAAGUUACUGAGUUGAAGUGCAGAUUUUGCGAGCAAGUAUUCCCGGAUUUGUCGGAAGUGUUGGUUCACUGUGAGACACAUAAGCAUGAUUUGGAAGACGGCGAUGUUUACCCAUGCCCACUUUGUUUCUAUGGCUACGCAAAUUUAAAAUGGCUGAAAGGUCACUUGAAGGCAGCUCACGAGAAAUCCGAACCUAAUAAAAGUUUAAAAGAUGAAAAUGAACAAAUGAAACAAGAAAAUAAAGAUGAACAAGAAACAUCGCCUAAAAGGUCGUCUCCCAUUGCUACUCGUACUCGAAGUUCAAACAAAAAGAUGGUGAUAGAAAAGCCAAAGCCACCCAUCAUAAAAACUGAAGUUAAGCAGGAAUGCGUAGACAGCAGUGAGGAUGAGAUCUGGAUCGUUCAAACGGCUGAUGUUGAAGCCACGCAAGAGUUGCAGAAAUUACUCUGUGUUGCCAAGGGCAAAGAAGAUGGUCAGGACGGUGAUACCCGAAGACACACAAAUGCUUUAAUUGCAGGUGGAGACUCGCCAACUCACUUACUGGGCCCCGGGAAUCAGUCGCUAAAACGCAACAAGGGGCAACAGGGACAUGAGCGGCUGAGAAGGUCAAAUCUUCGCAAGUGCAGAAGCCUAUUUAUAUUUUUUCUGAAAUCAUUGUUUAUUAUUUUUUAUAUUUUAUGGCAGAGAGCUCAGGGAAGACCAAGACAAGUAGAAUCAUCCAUAGACAGCGAUCUUCUCGUUAUGCGUCCUAGAAAACGCCGCAGCCGGGAGCCGACCUCCAACCCUCAAGUUGUUACAUGUCAUAAUUGUAAUGAGUCGUUCACUUCGAAAGUUAGGCUUAAGUUUCAUAUGCAGUUCCACGAAUCCACAAACCUGAUACGCCCUGACGGCCGCUACACUUGCACCGAGUGUUCAGGAACCACCUUCUCCACGGAGACGGAGCUGUUCGACCACGUGCACUUCCAGCAUGACAAGCACAAGCGCUGGCAGUGUCCUGUAGACGGCUGCGGGAAGACCUUCUUUCUCAGGGCGACUCUAACGAAACACAGUCGCACUCACACAGACACGCGUCGCUAUGUGUGCGUCACGUGCGACAAGCGGUUCUUAGACAAACAGACUUUGGACGAGCAUGGAGUUACACAUUUACAGAUCAAACCCUUCCAAUGCCACAUAUGUCUAAAGCAGUUGACCCGUCGCUCUCGCCUCCGCAUGCACGUGAGAGCACACGAGGAGGAGUUAGCUCCAACACUGGUGCGAGUCUGUGCUGUGUGCACUAGGGCUUUCAGAGACCAUCGUCAUGCACAGGAGCAUGCCACAAAAUCAACGGAAUGCAUCGAAGCGUUUGCCAACGAGCUGAAAGAGGAAGCCGAAGAGAUGACCGUUCAGCUGUCUCCCACCAGCGGCCUUGUUAGACAUACCGUGCAGAUUGUGGAGUCCCCGAAACUAUCGAAACCAAUAAAACGCCAGGUAUCGAAUGAGGUAGGCGAGCCGCUACUGUCUCAGCUGGCAGACGAAGCCAGGGCGCUCAUACGAGUCGUCGAGAUCGAGAAGGCCUUCCGAUGCGAGUACUGUGAAGACGUAUUCUACUUAGAAAGCGGAUUGAACAGUCACCGCGCGAUACACAAGGGUGAAAACCCUUUCACUUGCCACAUCUGUAAAGUUAGCUUUGCUACUUAUUCUAGAUGUACAACCCACAAAACCACCCACGGUUUUACAAGCCGCUCUCUAGCGGACGCUAAGAAACAGGCCGAUGGUCUGACGGCCGAUACCGACGGCAAUCGAUCAGCCACCGGCAUCCUCGGCUGGGACUUUCCCGUCGUCAAGCACUUCUUGUGUGAGGAUUGCGGUCGCUCCUACUUGCACUGGACGUACCUACAAGUGCACAGACGCAUGAAACACGCGAAUGAGAACUUUCUCUAUAAGUGUAACCAGUGUGAACUCACCUUUCCUAACAGUUGGAGCCUAGCGUAUCAUCGUAAGAAGGUCCACGGGAAGACAGGACCUGAUGACCCUGGCGCCACCAGCAAGAUUAGCAAGGAUGAUUACAGGAUACCAUGUCGCGAUUGUAGCGAGGUGCUACCGAAUAAGACUGCGCUCUACAAGCAUCGGAAGAAAGAACACAGCGAUAAUACUAUUCGCCCUAGUAGUAAGCCUGGCAUGUAUUCGCAUGAGGAGUCUACCGGCGGCGGCGGCGCGUGCCCACAUUGUCACGCCACCUUCACUCAUGCUACCGACCUGCAUAAACAUGUCAAAGAAGCCCACGGCUCAUCUAACUCAAGCUGGUCGAACAAGCCGGGCCGUCCACACACAUGCCCGGUGUGCGGCCACGGGUUCCGCACGCUGUCCAUGCGGAACGAACAUCUGCGCGUCCACACGGGUGAACGCCCCUUCCCUUGUGAUGUCUGUGGAGUGGCUUUCAGAAGGUCCACAGCUAUGAGGAACCACCGGCUCAUUCACACGGGGGUCCGCGCGUGGGCCUGCGGACGCUGUCCCAAACGGUUUCGCAUACGAUCCGACUUGCGGACGCAUUUGAGACUGAACAUUAUGUUCGCUGUAACUGUGCAGGUCCACAGCUAUGAGGAACCACCGGCUCAUUCACACGGGGUCCGCGCGUGGGCCUGCGGACGCUGUCCCAAACGGUUUCGCAUACGAUCCGACUUGCGGACGCAUUUGAGACUGAACAUUAUGUUCGCUGUAACUGUGCAGGUCCACAGCUAUGAGGAACCACCGGCUCAUUCACACGGGGGUCCGCGCGUGGGCCUGCGGACGCUGUCCCAAACGGUUUCGCAUACGAUCCGACUUGCGGACGCAUUUGAGACUGAACAUUAUGUUCGCUGUAACUGUGCAGGUCCACAGCUACCGCGCGUGGCCUGCGGACGCUGUCCCAAACGGUUUCGCAUACGAUCCGACUUGCGGACGCAUUUGAGACUGAAGCAUCCAGCUACUAUUGUUGUUGUUGAGAUGGAAGGCCUAAAUCCGUCUUCUGAAGAUGUGAUGAAAACCCUCUCAGAACAGAACGUUCCUCAUGACAAGCUCAUUGAGAUUACCAAGAUGUCUUUCGCAAAGGGCACGACAAGUGUGAUACCGUCAUGCGCCCGCGCGCUGUCUGCGCUGAGCGCGGUGCCGCGGACACAUGUCGCCUGCAUCAAGCCCGCGCCCUCUAACAUGUUGGAUGAAUUCCAACCCGCCCGUCGCGGUCGCGGCAUAGCCAAGAACCCGCGCCGCCCCAAGAUACUGCAGCGGGGAGACUCACAGGAUCCUUCUGCCUAUCCUAUUGUUAGUGGCGAGGAGUUAUCAGACUUAAACGUGCAGUUACUGCUCCGGGACGGCGUUCUAGUUAACGGUAACCAAAUGGUUCAACUGCAAUUGGAUGACCCCAUGCUCAUGGAAUGAAUAUAAUAUGUACCUAUCUUUAUCCGGUUGUGUGAAGUUGUUCCUCUAGUACUCGGGAAGUAGAAGAGUAGCCUUCUACAGUAAUAUUUUGAAGAGUAAACAAUUUUGUUUUGUUUGUUUGACGAUUUGAAAAAUUCGAGUGACAUUUUUCCGGGAAUGGGAGGAGGGAGGACGCUGGUGAAACCGCGGCAUAUAGCUAGUCUAAACUCGUCUAGCUUUUUUGUCUGAUGUAUGUAUCUAUCCUAAAAGCCCCGAAACUACUGAACCGAUUUGAAAAAUUCAUUUACUUUUAGGAAG